UUAUGAAUUACCUUUUUGGUUAGCGAUGAAUCACUUUGCAUUGAUAAUAGUCAAAGCAUCAGGGACUCUUGACAGUCUUCAGCCGGACGCCAUUACCGGCGGUUGCCAUAGCGACCGCACGCAAACAUCGCCUUCGCUCGCGUCCGAUCUUAAAACAUGUCGAACAUGUCCGCCAUGAAGAAAAGGUUGAUCAAAACUCUCGCCGAGUCGAUAUCAGGACAAGUGGAGCUCUUCAAUACAGCAGAGGUGGAGUGUCUGAUCCGCGACUACAACGAGCGUCUGGGUGAGCCGACUUCCCCCGGAAAAGGAGCCCCGGGCCUGGACAGAGUCAAGUUCAGAAGCAUCCUGCAGAACACCUUUGGGAUAAGCGACGAUAUUAUGAUGGAUAGAGUGUUCAGGAAAUUUGACAAAGACAACGAUAGCUCGGUCAGUACAAAAGAAUGGAUUGAAGGGCUGUCCAUUUUCCUUCGCGGGAGCUUGGAUGACAAAAUAAAAUUCUGCUUCCGCGUAUACGACUUGAACGACGAUACCUUAGUCUCCAUGGAGGAGAUGUAUCACAUGCUAAAGAACUGCCUCCCCGGACUGCCCACAAAGGAGGAACGUGACGAAGGAGUCAAAGACCUAGUGGAGAUCACAUUCAAGAAGAUGGACCGUGACCACGAUGGCAGACUGUCCUUUUCUGACUUUGAACAGUCAGUUAAAGAAGAGAAUCUUUUACUUGAAGCUUUUGGAACUUGCCUCCCUAACUUCAAGAGAGUCGAGGCAUUUGAGCAGCGUGUAUUUCGAGAACUGCAAAAGUGAAGGGAUGUCUCAUGUAUUUUAGAAACAUUCUUUAAUAAACAUGUAUUGCAACAUUUGUAAAUAAAAACCCUCUGCCAAAGGAAA